AGGACCAUGGAAGAGUUACCGACAGAGCUCAACAUCGUGACGCUCAAUUGCUGGGGCCUCAAAUUCAUCUCCAAGCUGCGCAAUGAACGCUUGACCGAAAUCGGACGUCAACUUGCGAUAGCGGACCCUUCACCACACAUCGUCUGCUUACAAGAAUGCUUCACUCAGGAGGAUUACAAGGCCAUCCGACGUGAGACGCGCUUCAUUCUCCCCUAUGGGAAGUUUUACUUCAGCGGGCCUUUCGGAGGAGGACUCGCCAUUCUCUCAAAAUGGCCGAUUGAAGAGAGCACUCUGUUUCGCUACCCACUGAACGGCCGGCCGACGGCUUUCUGGCGCGGAGAUUGGUAUGUCGGAAAAGGGGUGGCCUGCGCAAAGAUUCGCUAUGGGCCGGCGGCGAAGCAGGUGAUUGAGGUGUUCUGUACUCACACUCACUCGCCAUAUGAGGCUGGUCAACCCGACGAUUCAUAUCUCGCCCAGAGACUCGCGCAGUCAUGGGAGAUAUCAAAACUGCUUCGCGGAGCUGCUGAGCGUGGUCAUCUGGUGCUUGGUUGCGGUGACUUCAACAUGAUUCCCAUGUCACUGGAACAUCAACUUGUUACCGCCAACACACCUGUUCGCGAUGUCUGGAGGGUUUUGCACCCAGACAGCUCUCUCGGGCCAGCAGAUCACCCGGCCGAAAAGGCUCGCCGCCGCCCAAUACCAACUGCAGGGUUCAACAUUGAGGAGAAUGGCGCCGCUUCAGACGGUCCAUAUUGCACAUGGCGGUGGACCAAAGAACAGCAGAAGCUCCUCGGCCCAGGAAAACCCCCAGUCACCGUCCCCCCUGACACUAUCGACCGCCGCGGUAAACGCCUCGACUACAUCUUCGCCGGCUCAGGCGACAUCGCCUCCCUCAACGGCGGCUGGGUCGUCAAGGCCGCCCGCGUAGGCAUGAUGAUGCGCCACCCAGAACUAGGCUGCUCCCUCAGCGACCACUUUGCUGUCGAAGCCACCCUCGCCUUCCACCCUCUGUCCUCUUCCUCGGCACAGUCCAGCAGUAAAGCACCGCCAAACGGCAACAAGCCCGCCCCCGCGGACGAGUCCCUCAUCCUCAAAGCGCCCCCCAAAAUCCGCCAACCUGGCCAAGACGACGCCAGCACCAUCCCCGACACCGACGACAAGUACGUCCAAGACGGAACCUACCUCCAGUCUCCCACCCCCUCGUCCAUCAGGGACAAUUCUUCAUUUGACGCCCAGCUUUUGUCCUUCCUGACCGCCGAUCACCUCCAGCUGCCAACCUCGGCGUAUGAUUUUAUUUUGCAGGAGAUCCACAAGUAUAGACUCCGGGAGGAGAAGCAGAAGAAGUGGAGGGGGUGGCACUUUUUGGGGUCGUUGGCUGUGUUGGUCGGCUGUUUGGUUGGGGUGUGGUGGUCACCGGCGAACUAUGUCGCUUUUGUGCUGGUGCUGGUGAGCAGCUUGAGCCUUGUUGCGGGAACGGUGGAUGGGUUGAUGAGUUUGUUGUUUUUCAGGAGCGAGCUGGGGGCGUUGAGGGAGUUUGAGUGGGAGGUUGUGAAUGCUAAACUGAGUGCUGGGGGUGGGGUGCCGACUGCGGAUGGGGAGGGGGAGGAGAGAGGGUGGUGA